GCGACGCGGUGCAAUCUCGCUGAUGCGGCGUGGCGCGUGGUGUGAGCUGGGGCGUGGAGUUGUCCCGUUCGGGUCCCGGGCUGGGGACACAGCUCCAGACCCCAGUCCUGCACCCACGGCCGUCACUGAGCUGACUUAGUUUUCUAUAUUAUAAAAGAGGCGGUCUUUGCAGUUGGCCUCAGAGGCGCCUCAGGAGGGGGUCACUCCGGACGGGACGGGAAGUGCCUGCGCUCUGCGGGUCCCAGCCGCGUGGGGUGCCCUGGGCUCGCUGGCUCCUUCCUGCGUGUCGUGCACCGCACCGGGAGGCCGGACAUUGUCCCCACCCCCCGGGAAGCCCACCAGGCCGGCCUCGGCCACCUCCGAGGCAGCCCGAAGUAUUCUUUGGAUUGGAGAUUUGAGCUCAACUCCACCCUACCUCCGCCCCUUCCUGGCCGGACGACCUUGGGGACCCACGGGGCCUUUCUGAGCUUCGGAUCAGCCACCUGCAAAAACUGAGCUGAUGAAGCUUCCCGCACCGAGCUAGAGUAUUUUACAGGCUUCACAGCAGCUGCCUGGGCCACAAGGAAGUUCCUGGUAGAGAGGGAUCGGGCCCCCACACCCGCCCGGGGACCACAAGUUCCCAGACCAAAGAAACUGGCUGGGCUCCGUUAGAAGGAAGCCCCCCAACCCGCUUCCCAGGCGCUGGAUUCCCGGCGUCCCACCCACACACAGGUGCCGCUUUGAGCAGCUGGCUGCGAGUCUAUCGACAGGCUUUACCAUUUUAGGCGACACACUUCCUGGCCCUCUGCCUUGCACUCUCAACACCCAGCUGUCACCUUGCCCUGGCCCCUGGAAGUCGCUCCUCUGCUUGGAAGCUGGACCACCACGUCCCCUCACACUUAGGAGCGAAGGGUACCCGAGGCCCGGGCUCCAUCAGGGGCUCUCUCGGUCCCCAAGUGGUCCUUGUGCUCUCAGGCCAGCCUGGCCCGACCUGAGGGAACUGGAUGUGCUGGGGUGGGGGUGGCAGCACUGCAGGGGCCAGGGGAUGCCCCACUGGGUUCAGCCCUGGCUCUGAGCAGCCUCCAGCUGGCCCAAGGCCCCAGGCUGCCUGGCAUUUUCCACCGGCCCAUGCCAGCACCCAGGCAGCCUGGCAGUGGCCGUGGGUACCCGCAUUCCCUUUGGCAGUAGCCUGUACCUCCUGCACGGCCCCUCCUGGUCUGUGCCUACCUCAUCCCGGGCCAAGCUUCCCUGGCACGCUAUGGGGAGAGCCUUGUGUCUGGGUCUGUGUAGGGGGCCCUGAGCUAUAUGGGCUCUGAAGCGGACACCCUGGGCCUAGACUGGCAUAGGACAGAGAGCGGUGCAGUGUCUGGGGUGACCUGGCCUGCUGCCCGCCCAGCAGUGUGUGGCGUAGCAGAAUAGAGGACUGGACCCAAGGAGCCCUGCAGACUGACCGGCAGCCAGUAAAAGGUCCAGCCCCCAGGACUCUGGGUCACGGCUCUAUACCUCUGUACCGGGCAGGGAGAGUGGGGGCGUGUGGGGUGCUGCGCCGGGGUACUGGGCUGCAGGCACCCAGUGGGAACAGAGGGGCCCUAUGUGUGUGUGUGUGGGAAAGUGGGUUGCCGGGGCAUGGCCAUGUGCAGGUGGGAGAACAAAGAGGGAGGUGAGGUACAGGCACAUCUCAGUGCGGGGGGCGGUGGGGGGUACUCCAAGUGAGGGUGUAUCUCGUAAAAGCCCUGCUGUCCGCUAUGGCUGGAGCUGGCCCCAGAAGCCUUACAGCAAGAAGACCCGUGUCGCCCACUCCCCGUGGUAGCCCCUCUCUAGGUCCCCGCCCUGGCUGGCUGUAUCCUUAGACAGAGGUGCCAGGAGGGGCGGGCUGGGCAGGGGCCAGACCAUCAGACAGGGUGUGGGGCCUUCUGGACUAGGGCCCAGGGGGCCUGAGUCACUGCCGUCCCCAGCCAGCUCAGUGGGGUUCACUCCUGGCACUUCCCGGGGACGCCUCUCCCGUCUUCCCCUACUUGGGUCCUCACCAAGUCCUCACGCAGGCCUGGGCUCCAGGCUCCUAGGCCCACCCCUGAGAAACAGAGCGCUAACUGGCCUCUGGCACCCUUCUUGCGGUCCUGUCCCCAUUCCACCUUAAGCAGUGCCCUCCCACCCCCGCCAGCACCCCCCCCAGGGGUAGAGUCAUUGCUGCUGGAGCUGGCCAGGAGAAAGGGGUGAAGCUGAGAGGGCCUCCUGCAGCGGGUGGGCCCCCACCAGGCUUUCAAGGAACAGUGAGGAUCCCUGGACAGGCUCCCCGGGUGUCACCACCUCCUGUAGAAGGGAGGCCGGGCCCGCUCUUGUACGUGCAGCCUCUGUUGGGAGACCAUGGGCCACCUCCUGGUAUGGUCCCCGAGCCUCCAGGGCUAGACAAGCUCUUCCUGUGGACACACGGCCUGUUGUCGUCCACUGUACUGUUGGCGUUUCCACACGCCUCUGGAACACUCUGGUCUCUGCCCCCCGCCCCCGCCCCGCUCUCUGUGUAUCACAGUAACUCGUCAGAGUCUCCCCUGCCUGCCCCCCCCCCAACACACAUUUCUGGGCCUGGCUUUCCCUCCUCUCUCCGGCUCUGUAUGGGCUGGGCCUGGGGUGCCUGCCUGCCCCUUGCCAGCUGCUGGGAGGGAAUCUGAGCCCCCGAGGUCUGGCGCCGGGGCCCCAACCCUGACGGGUGGAGGAGCCCCAGGGGCCAGGUGGGGGCCUGUCCCGGCUGUCAGCACCCAUGAUGGAUGAGGGGUGGGGCGGGGAGAAGUCGAGGGGUUGGAGUCAUGCCACAGAGAGAGGUGGGGGCUGGCCCCCUGGGUUCCGCCAGCAGAGCCUCUGCCACGCACAGCUGGGGGGCCCGGGCGAGACCCCACCCAGCAGGGGUGUUUAAAGGCCCGAAGGGUGGGUGCCAUCCUGUCCCACUCGGCAUCAUGGGCACCUGGGCCUUCCCCGUGGCGCUUUUCCUGCUCUGCCUGACUUCUGAAAGCCUGCAAGGCGGUGAGGGCGGAAGGCGGGCAGCUGAGGUUGCUGAGGUUGCUGAGGUUGGGUUUGGGGGGCCUAGGUACAGCCCUGGGCCAAUGCUAGGGCUCCGGAGAGAGGGAGGUCCGGGUGUGAAGUCUGUCCUGGGCAGGGGAUGGAUGCCUGGGUCCUGCUCCCUCUCCACCUCUGGGGUCCCCACCCCGAGUCAGCACCUCCUUGCUCCCCAGGGCUACCUCCAUUGUCUCCAGGCCUUGGGAAAGGCUUAGGGACCCCCAAUGGCUACAGAUCAGGCUACGGCCCCCCCAGUGGCCUGGGAGCAGGAUUUGGGAACGGGAAUGGCCUGGGAGCCCAGCCAGGCAUUGGAGGCGGUGUGAAGCCCCAGAAGCCAGGGUUUGGGAACGGAAAUGGGCUAGCAGCAGGGGCCUUCCCAGGUGCGGUCGCCCAGCCAGGUGUGGUCGCCCAGCCAGGUUUUGGAGGUGGUGUGAAACCCCAGAAGCCAGCAUAUGGAAAUGGACUGGUUGCUGGUGCCUUCCCGGGGCUUGGAGCCCAGCCAGGCCUUGCGGCUCAGGGACCAGGAGUUGGAGGGGGUGUGAAACCACAAAAGCCAGGAUUUGGCAACGGGAAUGGGAUGGGAGUUGGAGCCCAGCCAGGAUUCGGGAACGGGAAUGGGCCGGGAGGCGGCGCCUUCCCAGGAGCAGGAGUGCAACCAGGCCCUGCAACUCAAAACGGCUAUGGGCCAGGCUUUGGAGGGGGUGUGGAGCCCCAGAAGCCGGGAUUCGGGAACGGCAACGGGCUGGCAGCCCAGCCAGGCCCAGUGACCCAGAACGGAUAUGGAGCAGGCUUUGGUGGGGGCAGGAAGCCCCAGAAGCCAGGAUUCAGGAACGGCAACGGCAACGGGCUGGGAGGCCAGCCAGGCCCCGUGGUUCCCAUCAGCUACGGACCAGGCGUUGGUGAAGGCGGGAAGCCCCAGAAGCCAGUUUACAGGAAUGGGCUGGGAGCCGGAGUCUUCCCAGGAUAUGCCCCAGGGCCUGGGUUGCAGCUCCCGGCAGCUCUUGGAGGGGGUGUGAAACCUCAGAAGCCAGGAUAUGGCAAUGGAAUUGGGGUGGGGGCCCAGCCAGCACCGACUCCGGCCGUCCAGUGGGGAAUGAAACCUCAGAAAGCAGGGUACUGGCCCCCGAACGGCUAUGGAGCAGGAACAGAACUGGGCUUUGGUGGUGGCCUCAAGCCUCAGAAAGUCGGGUUCGGCUACGGGAAUGGUCUGGGAGCUGGGGUCUUCCCUGAGGCCCACCUGCAGCCAGAGUUCCCUGGGGCCAAUGGCUUUAGGAAUGGGUUCGGGGAAGAAGCGCCAGUCUACCCCAAGGCAGCAGCUCCAGGCCCUGAAGGAAAUGGUCAGGCUGGGACCCUAAGGGGCUCCUCUUGGCCCUCCGUCCAGCCCUGGGUGCUUGCCCUGAAGCCUGGAUAUGGGGCUGGAGGCGCAUAUCCAGGGGUCAGGAGCCAGCCAGGCACAUAUGGACAGCUGAGGCCAGAGCUGGGCCCUGGACCCUUCGGCAGCCCUGAGGUGAAGAGAGGUGGCAGUGGCCUGCUGGGAAAUGGCUAUGGAGGCCACUGUUCUCUUGGAAAAUGCUGAGCGCCGAGGCCCUUCCAUCACCACCCAUCCUGAGUGCCUCAGAACCACAGCCCGGUGUGGGUGAGGACGACCAGACCCUGGGGCUUGGCUUCUGGCCUGGGGUCUCCUGCGGGCUGAAAGUAUUAAUAAAGACCACGUGCUUCCCUGUU